AGGAAAUCAUGUGACCUCACUAUGCUGUUGGAUCAAUAGCGACUCCGAGUGAGAGUUGAGAGAGACAGAAGCUGUUGCCAAUGGAGGCAGAGUGAUUUGAUAACACCACACACAUCAAGACAUGGACGCUCUCAAGGUGCUUCUACUACCAGUCUUUGGUGUUCUCCUUGCAUCUUUCGCAGGACUUUCACAGGGUUCGUCCAUUGGAAAGAGGUCAAGUGAACAAGCUUUAGACUUGGAUCUAGAAUCUCAAUUAAGUAGAGUGAAGCGACUAGAUGCUGGCGAUCCUGGGCUUUCCCGUAUCAAGAGACAAGAUGUUGCCGAUAAUGAUGGAUUGUCACGCAUGAAGAGACAUAACUUGGAUGAAAUGCCGUCCCUCUCUCGCGAGAAACGGCGCGAGUUGGAAAAUCCCGCACUAUCUCGAAUGAAAAGGGGCGACCUUGACGACAAUCCUGGCUUAUCUCGUGAAAAAAGGCAGGAUUUGUCUGAAAAUGACGGUCUCUCUCGCAUGAAGAGAGACGAUGUACUGGAUGCCGGACUGUCACGCGAAAAGAGACACGAUGUGGAUGACAAUAUGGCGCUUUCGAGAACAAAGAGAGGGGGAAACAAUCUUUUGAGAGUAAAGAGAGUGGAUCCCGAUUCUUCAGAGCUGGAGAGAGUUAAAAGAGGGGAAGUAAUUCAGAUUCGCAAAAGGCGAGAUACUGAUGAUGCGGGAAAAGAAAUUUCUGCCGACAUCACUCCAAAUGAGAAGACAGAGAAGAGAGAAACUGAAAACCUGAACCUUGCAAAAGCUGAUAAAAAAUCAUUGGUGAAGAAGUCAUCUCACAACAUGAACAAACGAAAACGAGGCUACUGGGAGAAGAGAAAAAGGGGAGACUACUUGGUCCAUCAAGCCAAGAAGAGAGGAAUGUCCCACAAGAGAAGAAACAUGAACAAAAGAGGAAGAUCAAGGAUGACGAAGAGGAAAUCCUUCAUGGCCAAGAAGAAGCUUCUGAGGGAGACCAAAGCGAACCAAAAUGAGAAGGAGUUUGUCAAGAAGUCACUUGGAAAGAACUCAGAUAAACACUGAUAAUUAGGUGCAAAUUCGCGCACAAGAUCGUCAGCAAAAUUGGUUGUGUUUAUUUUGAAUGUAUAUAGUAUUGUGACGUAAUGAAAUUGUGAUUCAUAUUUUUCUAGCAGCGGUGUAUCUCUGCCGUAAACUAUCAGUCAUUAUAAGGUGUCCUGCACAGCCGUCUAUGGCUCCUGCCAGUCAGUAAAUAAAUUUUCUUUUUUCGGCUACACAACAUUUCUUUAUGUAUGGUUUCCUAUCAAAUGUGUUCUGCAGUUGAUUACAAUAACAGAACUAAGAUUAUUACAAAGAGCAUCACCUACGGAACCGUUGUAACAAAGAUCCACAAUGUUUUUUAUGUACUUGGUAUCAUUUGCACAAAUCAAGAGACUGUCAUAUCAGAAAUAGACAUUAACAAUGCAUUUGUAUCUUUAUUACUCUCAGCUUAAUUCUGAAUAUAAUUCUGUGGUGGUUGUACAUUGUACGUGACAGGGCUAGUCAACAAGUCAAUCAGGGUAAUUUAUCAAAAUAUAACCUGUAAGGUUUAAUGUUGAAAUCAAUAUAAACGUGUGUAUCCUCAUAGAGUGCCCUGUGCCUUUGUUGAAUAAAUGCUGUUAGUUAAA